CUAAACGUGGAAACUCUUGUAGAGGUUUUAGGAUGCCAGGAGGCCUUGUUCGAGUGGGCUGAAAGUUAUGAUACCAAAGACUGGGAUCGUCUGGCAAAAUGCAUCGCUGAAACCCUCAAGAUCGACUACACCUCCAUCACGGGCAAGAAAUGGGACGCCCUGCCGGCAGCUGAGUUCGUUCAGAUGGCAUCGAGCCCUCACUUCCUUGGCAAUCCGCUCGUCCGGACGCAACACUUCGUCGGCGGCGCUAAGAAGUGGAGGAAGCUCGGAGAGAACAAGAUCAUGAGCCAGCAGCAGAUGCGGGUGGCCCAUCUCAAGUACGCCAAUGAUUCACUGAAGAGCGUUCAACACGUGGGCCAUGCCCACGGUAUGUCUACGGUGUAUUAUGAGAAGGCGAACGGCAUUUGGAAGUUUGCCGGGAUAGAGCCAGGGAUUCGGUGGGCAGAAGGCGAAAUUGACAAGAUUUUCCACUGA